AUGGUGGAAGGGUAUGGAACAAGGGACUCAAGAGUGGAGGACAGCACUUUGUCGAACUGGUUAAUUGUUGGAUCGAGAGAAGAAAGGGAGGCCAGCUUGGAGAGGAAGGAGCAGGGAGGACGAGGAGAACGAUUAUGCACCGCGGACAGCGCCGUGCUACAGUCCACGACCCCCUGCAACCUCAAGCCUCCAGCCUCUAGCUACCCCCCACCCCCUCCAUCACCCGCCCCAACACCAUGCCAGACUCUCUCUCCCUGCUGCGAUCGCAGCCGCAACUACCUUAGUUCCCCACCGGAGGCCGAGCAGGAAUACCGGACCGACUGCUACUUACACUGCUCCGCUUUGGUGGACAUGAUGUGGCCCAGGUGGCAAGGCUUUGCCCCCAAUGUCUCGGUCUUGCGGGCUCCCUCGCUCCGCCAGCUAUCCGUUGGAGAGCGUUGGUUCAGAUCCUAUCCGGCACGCUCGGGCUCCAGGCUGCCAUGGGCUUGGCUCCUGCGAGGUCCAGAGGCACUUGGCCCGCGCGCCGCCUCUUCCCCGCGCCUCCGCCAGGGGUUGCGCUGGCUCGGGCCCCCGAAGGCCUCGGGAGGUGGGAGUUGGAAGGAGGCGACGAGCCGCGCCCCGUCCACCCUGCCGCCUCGCCGGCUUCUCCUCCGUCGUCUCCCGGCGUCCGCAGCCUCGACCGUUCCCGCAGCCCCGCCGGCAGCAGCGGCCGCGACUCCCCCCGGGACCAUGCCCUGGAGACGCCUGACCGCCCUGUUCCGCCAGCGCUGGACCCGGGGCAGCCCCCCCGGGACGGGCUCCGGCCGUCGUUUGGAACACAACGAGUUCGUCGAAUACACCGAAGCCACUGAGAGCCAGGCCGGGCCCGUGGAGCCGGUGAACGCCUCGGAAGCCGCCUUUGCCUUAGCGGUGCUUUUUUCUUCACACUUCGUACCGUGUGGAUGGGUGUUGAGCCACAUGGGGACCUACAGAAGAGGCUAGACGUGAAGACGGGGAGCAGCCGUAACGGUCCUUCUCCACAUGCAUUUCCAUUUUGAAGUGAAAGUGCUUAGUUGCCGACAACCGGCGUAGGUUUAAAGUUUCACGACUUGCGUGAUUCCGUUGCCUUAUUGAUAUUUUUGUUCAGUUCUUGUUAAAUAAAAUUGAAGCAGACAUUCUUC